AUGUACAUCCCCAGACAGCAAUUCCUCACCGAGGCCGACAUCUGGCCUCAAAGUACCGAGAACGUCCUCCAGUCCAAUGCCUCGGUCGCUGCGUACCCUGGAAUGCCCACAGAUCUCCAACCUCCCUACAGAAACAAUCCGGAUGUCCACAGUAUUGCGGUGUUUAUACAAAUAACAUGGAUGCUAUGGUUUUUGCUGAUACUGUUGAUGAUGUGUCGCGCUCUCUACGACAGAUUCGGCGGCUCCGGAGACGAACAAUCGGAUACCGAAUCAGACAUCACAGAAGCAGGCUGGCGGAUCGAGGACUCCAGCCUGCCCGCUACAUCGGUAGCCUCACAACAUCGGAAGAGGUUAAAGAAGCUCGAACAAGUCGCUCCGGCCCAAUCGCUGCUACACUGGAGAGCCGAGAAAUCAGUGGAACACGUUCAGACCUUUGCAACGCUUUCCACGACCCUCUGUUGA